ACGCGGUGGAUUUCGGCGAACCCAACCUCGCUUGCACAGGCGGACGGGAGAGGCCUGGAUACAUUGUUUAGAUUAAUAUACAGCACAUUAUGGCGGUUAGAAUGACAAGGAGCCACGGUGUCCUUUCCUGGCCAUGCUUCCGCGACUUGCGAGAAAUCAGUCACUUUGCUCGUAGUCAGGAUCCCAUGGCCUGUCAGAGAAAAAGGAUCGCGCGCGCGCUCUCUCCCGCCACCGUGACGAACUCACCCUGUGGAUGGGUUCCCUGCCAUGCGCGGACUUCGGCUUGGACGGCUGCGAUUUCGCUUAUGGAAAGUAAGGGGGGGCGGAGUAAGUAUCGCUUGGGUUCAACAGUGUUUAGAAACGAACGGUCGCCGAUCAUGCAUGACUGGGCGCUUUUCUCGUCUAAGCAUCUCUGCCCAGACUUCACUGUCCGAGAAGUCAGGAGAUGGAUGCAAGCUGACUAUCCAACGCGCUGUGAAAGGCAAUCCCUUGCUUUUACUGCCACCACUCGCUCGACCAUACGACAUCCGCUGCGCCGAGCAAGGUACAUCGGCUCCGUAUAGUGACAUACUGAAACAAAUGGACCGAGUGGGUGGUCGGAUAAGCCAGGUAAUGCAUGUCGUCGUGACAAGUAAACAACAAACCCUUGAACCUUUUUUGUUCUAGUGGAGAGUGGUCCCAUUC